CACUGACGGCUCGUCCCAUCAGCCGGAGGUACCUCAGUCCUCUCGCCCGAGCCCUGCACGCUCUUCUAGCCCCGAUGGAAGCCCCGCGGAGCGGAGAGGAGUAGAUGCCGGAGGAGUGCCGCGCUUCUCCGCCGAGCCUGUCGCCAGCCAUGGCGAGCUCCGAGCGAAAGCAGGACUGCGGCUUAGCCCUGGUGGCCGUGCUCGGGUUGUGCUUAGCGGCGCUGCACGGAGCCACAGCUUUCCCUCUGUGGACAUCUGAGGAAGAAGCUCACAUUUCUGGUGUUUUGAUCAUUGGGAUUCGUAAAGAUGCCCGCUCCCACGUGCUUCACCUUUCCAGGAACAAACGCUACACCCUCACCCCGGAGAAGCUGAAAUGGGACAAAUUCAAGUUAACCUACAAACUGCUGUCGUUCCCAAGGAACCUAAUGAAUGCCAGUGACACACGCAGGGGCAUCGCCAAAGCUUUCGCCAUGUGGAGCGACGUGUCGCCUUUCAGCUUCAGAGAGGUGCCUGCAGAUCAGGAUGCCGACAUCAAAAUCGGCUUCUACCCUGUAAACCAUACAGACUGUCUGCAGUCCUACCUGCAUCACUGUUUCGACGGCAUCACCGGCGAACUGGCCCACGCCUUCUUCCCCCCGACUGGAGAAAUCCACUUCGACGAUGACGAAUACUGGAUUUUGGGGAAUAUGCGCUUCAGCUGGAAGAAAGGAGUAUGGCUGACUGACCUGGUACAUGUAGCAGCUCAUGAAAUCGGUCAUGUGUUGGGUCUGAUGCACUCCCAAAACCCUACGGCCAUAAUGCAUCUCAACGCUACACUGACAGGGCGCAAACUCAUAACACAGGACGAUGUCUGGGGUCUACAUCGACUAUACGGAUGUUUGGAUAGAUUAUUUAUCUGUCCCGCUUGGGCCAGGAAAGGCUACUGCGAAAGCAAAAGAAAGCUCAUGCAGAAGCAUUGCCCCUACAGCUGCGACUUCUGUUACGCAUUCCCUUUUCCCACUGUCGCCCCAACUCCAAAGCCGCCACGGACCAAACACAAGCUUGUUGCUGAGGGAAGGAAACUGACCUUCCGCUGUGGAAAGAAAAUUGCUGCGAAGCAAGGCAAAGUGUACUGGUACAAAGAUGGAGAGUUGCUGGAAUUCUCUCACCCUGGCUACAUCUCUCUGAAAGACGACCACAUAAGCAUUGUGGCUAACGCGAUCAACGAGGGUACAUACACCUGCAUCGUGAGGAAGAAGAACAAGGUUUUAACAAACUAUUCAUGGAAGGUACGGGUUCGCUUCUGAGGGCUGGAGUGGACUUCAGCCUGUACUUCAGUGGAGAUCAUAGUCAGUCUUAAAUGGAAAGAAGCACUGGGUAAAAGCAGAAUCUGACAGUUCUGUUUCCUCCUGAUCUAAAGAGCUCUGCCAUUCUGUGAUCAAGUGCUGUAUAGAAUAGUCAAUGAGGAAUGCAGAACAAAUGAGAUGGAACCAAAAGCUUAAGUUCAUCACAGCACCACAUGGAACCUCACUCUCUUGGGCACAUAUUCCACUAGAUUAAUACUACAGUGUUUUGAUGUCAGGGUUGUUUUUUUUUUGGUAAAUUGCGAUUCCUUAGGUGCCAAAUAAAAACUUUCUGUGACCGUU